UUACUAAUCCCAUACAUAACUCAUCCGCAGUCUCGCCCCAACCCGAGAAUAUCACUUCGCCGCAGCUCCAACCCAUCCAUCUUUCUCUCUAAACCACCACAUCAUCACAACCACAAACCCACAACCAUGGCCCUCGUCGCCUACUCCGACUCAGAAGCCUCCGACUCGGAGUCCGAAACCACCGUCCCCCAACCCCAACAAGCCCCCAAGAAACCCACCACCUCCACAACCGCAACCACCAGCAAUACCAACACCAACAACAAACCCCCCAUCCAACCCCUCGUCGACCGCACCAACCCGCGCAAAAUCCGCGUCGCAUUACCAGACAUCAAACCCGAACACAACGACGACACCGAUGGCCCGCGCAAGAAACCCAAACUAGGCGGCGGAGGCGGUGCAUUCUCCGGCUUCAACUCAUUCUUACCGGCGCCGAAGAAAACAGCUACCACCGCAAGCAGCAAUGCAAGUGAGAAGAAGGCGCCCGCGCGCAAGGUAUUCAGUCUGAAGACGGGCGCAGCGCCGGGGUUCGAUCGCGAGGCGGAUGCGGAGAUGCGGAAUGAGCGGGCGUUUGGGGCGUUAGGAGGAGAUGGAGAUGACGAUGAGACGAUACCCAAGGCGGGGAGUAUGAGAGAUAAGGAAUUGGAUUUCGGGAAGGAUAGUGAGGACCAAAAGGAGGAGGCUGUGCCGCAGAUGAAGAAGCCCGAGGAGGUCAAGUUGAAGGGCAACCCGAUGAUGUUCAAGCCGUUGUCUGUGGGGAGGGCGCAGCAGAAGAAGAGGAAAGCCGUUUCGGAUUUGAUGCCCGCUGCUGCGGCUGUACGGAGGAAGGAGGAUGUGCCGACAGCUUCAUCUGCAUCUGCAUCUGUUCAGGAGACACCUACAGCUGCAGCGCCAGCACCACCCAAACCCAAAAUCAGCCUCUUCUCACUCUCCGCCAGCGACGACUCUACACCCACCACAUCGACAGCACCAUCAGCAACAACCUACGAGCCCCUAGUCUACACCCCCCUCGAUACUGCCCCCGCCGGCCCCUCCCCCGCCCCCGAAGACACCACCACCACCACACAGCAAUCUACAUAUCAACCCGCCUCAACAACAUCAGACAACACCCUCAGCACCAUCGCCGACGACCUCAACCUCUCCAAAGCCCAACGGCGCCAACUCUUUGGCCGCAACGCCCCCGAAUCCGUGGCAGCCAGUUCCCGCGUCCUGCACUUCAACACGGACCAAGAGUACGUCACGAACCAGGAGCUUGCGCACACGGAGCUGGCGGCGCAGCAGCAUAACCCCGUCAGAGCCAUUGCGCCGGGUAAGCAUACACUGCAGCAGUUGGUUAAUGCGGCGAGUACGCAGCGCGAGGCGCUGGAGGAGAGCUUUGCUGCUGGGAGGAGGAAUAAGAGGGAGGCGGGAGCGAAGUAUGGGUGGUAAUCCCUCUCAUAGGGUAUUGUGUGUGUGGAUAGUGUGGGUUUAGUGGUUGUUGGUGGGAGAGGAGUUGCAUGGAUGGAGUUUAAUCAUAGUUUGAUUUUCAACAAUGAGUUUGGUUGAUGGUAGGAAUUGAGUAUCAGAAGAUAGAUAUAGCACUAUAAGAUACUGAAACUGCCGAUUAUUAUUUGGAGAUGAAGAAAUGAUUAAAAU